UUUUAUAGAGUAAAGCUAUAACACUUUGAGUCGGUGGUCAAUGUGAAUUUGUAGAUUAAUGUGGAUCAAUAUGGUCCAGUGUGAUUUUAUUUUAAGUAAAUGUGGGUCAAUCUAAUUCAGUGUGAAUCCGUGUGGUUUUAAAAAAAUUGCAAAAUUUGCUGGACUGUAGCAGCCUAGGGGUCGCCCCCCUAAAAAUAUUUCUCUUGUCAAUAAGAGUAAGUAUGGGCGAGACUUUGGAGUUAAAACUAGAAUACAAGAUAAAAACCUUUUGUCGUUAACAAUCUUAAUUAGUCCUAGUUGUUUAUAAGUGGGCGUUGUCUAAUUAGAUUGAUGACUAACUAGAUUAAUGAAUUGGACCUAGCUGUUGUUGUGUAUGAAAUAUAGAAAACUUUCAUAGCACGUGUAUUUUUUUCUUUCUUAUUAUGUUGACCACACGUAUUUCAAAAACGUUAUUAUUGAAGUAAAUGUUCUAUAAAAACAUCAUAACAAAACAAGUAAUGUCAAUAUUUUGCUGCUCUCUUUCGUUGAGUAUUUGUCCACUUGUAAUCUGCAACUAGUAAUCCAUGGAAUAAAAAAUAUUUGCGAUGGAGAGAACUUGAUGCAAGAUUUUAUGAGAAUGAAAUCUCUUCACGGGGAAAAUGAAGUAUCGUAUGUUUUUUGAUACAUGGAAUCAAUCGUUUCUCGUAGAACUUCGUUUUUUCAAAAAUAAUUUAUGCUUGCAUGAGGAUCGUAGUAUCAAACUUUGAAGUUUUUGUUGCACUUCUGUUCGCUUAUUAAACAGUAAUGUUUGUGUUUUUAUUUUUCUUUGUGUAUUUUGUAUUUAAGUUUAUUUGCGUUAGUACUUUAGAUUUGAUGUGUUUCUGCUUUAAAAGCUCAAUGAUUUCUUUUCACAUUUUAACAUCAAUUUCUACCAUAAAAAUGAACACUUACUGGGACAAAAAAAAAGUAAGGACAUUUAUCGAAGAUGACGAGUAUUUUUUCCGACAAAUAAUUUUGUCCAACAUUUCUUUGUUUGAUAAUAUAUAUCACAAAAUGUCUAAUGUUGGCUAUUUUUUUCCCGCGCUUGAAAUGAAAUUAACAACAAACGUUUGACCUCGCAAAACAACUAGCUAACAUAUUUCUCAAAUAAAAUGGUUGCUUGUAAAAAAAAUACGUGUAUUUAAAAAUACAUUCUCGGAAUAGGUGCAAACGUCACUAACUUUUGAUUGAAUCAAUUUAAACAUUUUUUGUUAAAUAAUCUGUCCAAAUUUUGUAUGGGUAAACUGUUUUAUACAAAUAUAAGCCUAAAUAAGAGUAUUAACGAACUAGAAAGAGAGAGAGAAUAACGUAAAAUUUCAUAUUAAAAACUUGAUGCAAUUAUUAACAGAUGUUGCUAAGAUUGGAUGCAUAAUUAAGUUUUUUUGUCAAAGAACAAAAAUCACAUUGUGGCAGCUACUGUUGCGUUUAUUCAGUGAUAUUAUAAAAACAUGUCAUUUCGCUUGAUCUUCCUAUUUGCAUGCCUAUCAUACACAUGGUGUGAUUACGAGUUAACCGUGCUUCAUACGAACGACGUUCACGCACACGUCGAAGAAUUUAACAAAUAUGGCGGAACUUGUAAUAGUGGUAACUCUAAGAAUUGUUUUGGAGGAGUUGCUAGGAGACGUACUGUGAUUGAGAGGAUUAGGAAAAGAGAUAAGAAUGUUAUUUUGUUGGACGGAGGUGAUCAGUUUCAAGGAACAGCUUGGUUUCAAGUUUACAAAGGAAUAUCGGCGGCGUAUUUCAUGAAUCUUACUGAAUAUGAUGCUAUGGCAGUUGGUAAUCACGAGUUCGAUAAUGGUCCACAAGGACUGGUCAAUUUUAUCCAAGCAUCUAACUUUUCUAUUUUAACAUCAAAUAUGGACGUAACGAAAGAACCUGUCUGGCCAAAAGAUCUAUCCGUCAAGAGAUCAGUUAUUCUAAAAAGAAACGGACAGCGAAUCGGUGUUGUGGGUUAUACAACAGCUGAAACUAGUUGGUUAUCCAAUCCAGGCCCCAACAUUAAAUUUCAUAACAUCAUCGACUCAGUGCGUCAAGAAGCUAAAAGGUUAAAAAAGAAUGGACUCAACAUCAUCAUUGCAUUGGGACAUGCUGGAAUCGAGUUAGACAAAAAGCUGGCGCAGGAAGUCAAUGAGGUGGACAUCGUGGUUGGUGGGCAUUCAAAUACUUUCUUAUACAACGGACCAAAACCCUCCAACGACAAAGUCGAAGGACCCUAUCCAUUAUCGUUUACACGAGCUGAUGGCACGAAAGCUCUGGUGGUACAAGAUUUUACCUACGGAAAAUAUCUUGGAUACCUGAAAGUCAUGUUUGAUGAUAAUGGCAACGUUAAAUCUUGGCAGGGAAAUCCAAUCUUAUUGAACGCUUCAUACGAGCAGGAUGCUGCUGUUUUAAAAAAAAUUAAAGAACUUAAUUCUCCAAUUUUAAAACUACGAAAAGAACCAGUUGGACGUACAUUAGUCAAACUUGAAGGCGAAAGAAGUAUAUGCCGAACACAAGAAUGUAAUUUUGGAAAUUUAAUAGCUGAUGCGAUUGUUAAAAUGGCGCAACAACAUCCUGACGAAACAAAAUGGGCGACAGUUUCACUUGGAAUGUGGAACGGUGGUGGAAUUCGAUCCUCUAUUGAUAAAAAUUUGACUGAAACAAUUUCAGCAGAAGAAUUACUUAAAGUGCUGCCGUUCGGAAACACAGCAGAUAUCGUAGAAAUCAAAGGCGUGGAUCUUUUAAAAGCAUUUGAACACAGCGUAUCCAGUCUACCCAAAUGGGAAGGACGUUUCCUGCAAGUAUCAGGUUUUCGGUUAAAGUAUAACCUUGGAAAAAAAGUUGGCGAAAGAUUGAUUGAAGCCAAAGCUCUCUGUACAAAAUGUCGAGUUCCACGUUACGAAAUUAUAAAGAAGGAACAAGUCUACAAGGUAGUGACAUCAAAUUACAUACUCGGCGGUGGAGAUCAGUACACCAUGUUGUCCAAAAUACUGAAGCGUCAUCCUGGUGAAACAGCUUACAGCUAUCUGUAUCAAUAUGUAAAACAGGAGAGUCCUGUAGCACCUGCGGUAGAGGGCAGGAUAGUUUUUGUAACAAGCACAGGGCUGGUGAGAACUUGGAAUGUCAUUUGUGUUACACUCUCCUUCGCAAUAUUUUCACUGUCUGUUUAUAUAUAAACAUUUUCUGUAUAUAGCGAUUACCGUAUCUUCUUUAGUGGGCGCCGAAGUUUAUUUCACGAAUAGUGUGGCGUUUAUUUGAGGACGUUGUUUUUCUGAAAAAAACAAAACUGCGAAUUGUGGAUUUUUUUAUAAUUUUUUAAAUAAUUUUCACGGGAACUAAUUUUCGUGUAAUUAACGAAAACUCGCCAAAUUCGCGAAAAUUAAUUCCGUUAAGGUACUAAUUCGAGCAGAUAUAACUCACGUGUAAUAUUAACCCUGCUUUGACCUUUUUUUAGAAAUAUGUAUAGAUAUUCAAACUUUGUAUUAAAUUUUAUACGACAAACUUGGACCGUUUAUUUUACUGACUGUAGAUGAGAAUAUUUUUAAGAGAUUCGAUUACCAUUU